AUGCGGGAGAUCGGGCGGAGUUUUAUGAGACGUGAACGUUCUCCUACUGCUGCUGGGUGUACCAUCGAGAGGUUUACACGUAUGCACCCUCCGAUGUUUUUAGGAGGACCUGAUUUGAUGAUAGUAGAGGACUGGGUCGAGAAGACAGAAAGGAUUCUAGAGGUUCUACACUGCACAGAUAAGCAGAGAGUUCUCUAUGCCACCUUCCAGUUGUCUGGUGUGGCUGGGCGAUGGUGGACUGCGGUGAGUCUACUAGAGAAGCAAAGAGCUAGUCUUAUAGAGAUGAUGUGGAGCCGCUUCAAGGAAGUGUUCUUUGAGAGAUACUUCCCGGACUCCACAUGCGAUGCUAAGGUGGAUGAGUUCUCUGUUCUAAAACAGGGAGAUAUAACGGUGCAGGGGUAUGCUGCUCAGUAUAUAAAGUUAUCCCGUUUCAUACCGUGCUUGAUCUCGAACGAGUACGAGAAGACUUGGAGGUUUAAGAAGAGCCCGAGGAAAGACAUCCGUAGAUUAGUGGGUAUGCUGCAAAUCCGUGCGUUUUCGAUUUUGGUGGAUAAGGCCACUAUAAUUGAGACCGACAUCUGGGAGGAUGAGGUGGAUCAGGAAUCGAAGAAGAGGCCAGUGCCAUCUGGUUCUAGUAAAGGAUCAUGGAAGAAGAAGAACAAGGGCUUGGGUUACUGCCAGAAUACCGAGCGUCAGGGUGCUCAGGUGGAUCAGUCGCGUGAUUGUUGUAUCAGGUGCCAUAAAUGGCAUGAAGUGACCAUGGCACCAAACACUGCUAAGAGGAUCAACGUGCUGGAAGCACAGGUUGAGACAACAACGCCGUGGAGGUGGCCCAGGAUAUUCAGGUCACAUCUUGACACCUCUUUGAGUUAUCAUCAACAGAUAGAGAAACAGAUGAAGAGAUUCAGAGAGCUACUAGAUGAGUACUUGUGCUAUUGUGUCAACGACAACUAG